UGUAGUUUGGUCAGCAUUAUUGUUACUGUUGCAGAUUUCACAGUAGCAAAUUGCAUUGAAUCCUGUGUCAUCAAUUAACUCCGUGUCGUUUAGGUGUGGCUCCGUUUAACUACUGUAACUAUUUUAGUUGUGCAACCAGGUGUUUGCGUAGGAAUGAAUCUGACUCGUAGGACUUUGGUUAGUGCGGCUUUUUGAAGAGGCUGGCCCUGGCCGGGGCCCAGCCCGACUCCUCUGUGGGUAAGAUAACCCGUAACUCCGCCCCUCUGCUCCUCCGUGGAGCCGUAGUCAAGGAUGUUGGAACAGAGAAAGAGGGAAGUAGUGACAUAGUGGUGGAGGACGGCAACCUACAGCAUGGUUGCAUUUCUCACAAAUAUCUCCAGCUAAUGAAUAAUAACCCAGCUAUUUCUUCUUGGAGUGGAAGCUUGCCUAUUGACUGAGCUGGUGUCAGGUUUCCCUGCUGCUGCCAUUCCUGCCGCAGACACCCCGGGUCUCACAUUGAUUCUUGUAAACCACAACUCAAGAACAACUUCAAGGCUUUCAAGACCAUAAUAACAUAAUGGAUGUGUUGGCCGAGGCUCGUGACACCAUAGGGAUAUUUUCUGCAGCGCCUUUGAUUUCUAUAGUAUAAUGCUAGGAGACAUUCUCCACUCCAGGAAUAGACUGGCUGUUUGCUCCGCUGUUGACUGUGAUCGGUAAAGACUGGAAGACGGCAAUAACAUUCUGAUAGGAUGGCAUCACAGGAGGGGGAGGGGCCGCCUCCAAACGGGGGCAAAUCAGAUAGCCGUCUACAGAGCAAGAAGCCACCCAGCCUCGUAAUAGCAAUACCUCCACCUGAGAUGACGUCCCAUGACCCCGCAAAACAGCCGCUCCGGCCUUCUCUGAAAAAAAGCGUAAGUGGCCAAGCAACCGGUUCUGUGUCGGAGAGCGUCAGCGGAGCCGGAGAUGGAGGACUUUCAGCCAGAGACAGAAGGGCAAAGUUUGGAAGACAAACCUCGCUCUCGCAAAGCAUCCGCAAGAAUACAGCCGAGUGGUUUGGGGUGGGAGAAGGCUGCGAGACCAAGCAGCAGAUAUGGCACAGGAAGAGCCUGCGCCACUGCAGCCAACGCUACGGCAAGCUGAAGGCCCAAUAUAGAGAGCCUGAGACGGCCACCAGCAUCGACCAAAACCUGGACUCACCAGCCACACACAGGAUGCCCAAGAUCGUGGAUCCCUUGGCACGCGGACGAGCCUUCCGUUGCCCAGAUGAGGUGGACAACCGCUCCCCGAGGACGCCCCACACCCCCCACGUGGUUCCCGUCACCCCGGGGGUCACUUCGCUCAGCUCCAUCACCAGCCAGCGCUCCGGGUACAGCCGCUUCCCCAGACGUAAGAGGGAGUCCGUCGCCCGCAUGAGCAUCCGAGCUGCGUCCAACCUGCUGAGGGGUCGUAGCGGCUUGGCAGGCUCUCAGACAGGUCGCAGUUUCCCCAGGAGGAGCUUCGCCAGGCCCAGCUGGAUGGACGAGGACACUGUGGACUCUGCAGAUACGUCCGAGUCGCUCUUCUUCAGCAAGGUCGAUGCCCAUGAUGAGUUGUACUCUAUGGCCGAUGAUGUAUUCGAGUCGCCUCCCAUGUCCGCCUCUUUUGCUCCCUGUGAGCCGCCUGAACAGACGUUCCCGAGCCUUAAGGACAUUUCUCGAACACCCAGGACACCAACAGUACAGCCCGAGAAAAGUCACCCUCGCCGCGGUCGUCGCAUCGCCUCCCAAGUGAAGCACUUUGCAUUCGACAAACACAAGCGUCAGUACGGCAUGGGCGUCGUGGGGAAGUGGCUGAACCGCCACUAUCGACGCAGUCUCAGCAGCAACGUACAGAAACAGUUGGACGACUUCCACAGCCACAGGCCCUACUUCACCUACUGGAUCACAUUUGUCCAUAUAGUAAUCACUCUGCUGGCCUGUUGUACAUAUGGUUUCGCCCCUGUGGGGUUUGCACAACAUUCUACAACCGAACUGGUGCUGAAGAACAAAGGCAUUUAUGAGAGCGUCAAACAUGUCCAGCAGGAGAACUUCUGGAUCGGACCUAGUUCUGAGGACCUGAUCCACCUAGGGGCCAAGUUCUCGCCGUGCAUCCGUCAGGACAGACAGGUCGUCGAACUGAUCCGGAAGGCCAAAGACCUGGAGAGAGAAUCUGGCUGCUGCAUUCAGAACGACAACUCUGGAUGUGUGCAGACCCUCAGCACCGACUGCUCUGAGACACUGGCCACCUUUAUGAAAUGGAACAAUGAGCAAGUGGACGUCAUCAGGUCUUCUGGUUCUGUCUGUCACCAGGAUCCCAGAGUGUGUGAAGAGCCUGCCUCUGCAAAGCCUCACACGUGGCCAGAUGACAUCACCCAAUGGCCGGUGUGCACAUAUCCCAAGAAGUGGAACCACACAGGCUACAGACACAUGGACUGUAACAUCAAGGGCCGGCCUUGCUGCAUAGGAACUAAGGGCAGAUGUGAGAUCACGACCAGAGAGUAUUGCUCUUUCAUGCAUGGUUACUUCCAUGAGGAAGCCACGCUCUGCUCACAGGUCCACUGUCUGGAUGAUGUGUGCGGCUUGCUGCCUUUCCUGAACCCUGACGUUCCUGAUCAGUUCUACCGUCUCUGGCUCUCUCUCUUCCUCCAUGCUGGGCUGUUACACUGCGUGGUGUCAGUGGUGUUCCAGAUGACCAUACUGAGAGACCUGGAGAAGCUGGCAGGUUGGGUCCGCAUCUCCAUCAUUUACAUCCUCAGCGGCAUCACUGGAAAUCUCGCCUCUGCCCUGUUCCUGCCCUACAGAGCCGAGGUGGGACCUGCAGGGUCUCAGUUUGGACUCCUCGCUUGCCUGUUUGUCGAGCUGUUUCAAGGCUGGCAGAUGCUGCAGAAACCGUGGAAGGCCUUUCUCAAACUGUUGGGCAUCGUCCUUUUCCUCUUCAUGUGCGGCCUCCUGCCGUGGAUCGACAACAUUGCCCACAUCUUUGGUUUCCUCAGCGGCAUGCUGCUGUCCUUUGCCUUCCUGCCCUACGUCACGUUCGGGACUUUUGACAAGUACCGGAAACGUAUCCUCAUCGGUGUGUCAAUGGUGGCCUACAUUGGGCUGUUCUCUUCCCUCAUCGUUUGGUUUUAUAUCUACCCGAUUAACUGGCACUGGCUGGAGCAUCUCACCUGCCUGCCUUUCACUAGCAAGUUUUGUGAAAAGUACGACAUUGACCACAACAUUGACGAUGUGGUGCACUAGUCACAAGGCUACGAAUGACGUCCAAGAUGACCACAACCUCUGCGCUGCUGAUCCAGUAGCUUCUAGCCAGUGGCUAGGACGGUUGUUUCCAUGUCAACUCAGUGGCCUGAAGAAUGUGGCAAUCAUGUUUCUUUUAUUAUUCUCUCAUCAAAGGACCUGAUCAGAGUGUUUGAACUGGAUCUGUCACUUCUCAUCAUCCUCUGAUUCACGUACUUCCAUGAAACUUUACUCAACCAUUUUAAUCAUCAGUCAAGUCUGGCGCUACCUAGCAUAUUAAUUUGCUACUGGGCUAGCAGAUCCUCAGAAUCUGAGGGCAGGAAAUGAUACUGUAAACUGCGUAGAGCUGUGUGGACUUUCAAGGAAAAGAUCUGCAGAGUGACGGUCUGAUUCCUCCAGUUCAUGAAAAGUCACAUCAACCUAAAGAAGCCAAAUGAAAGAAGAAGACACGUGCCCACAAUCACUUUUCCCUUGAACUCUAUGGAUGACAAACAUUUGAGAUGAAAAGAAAGACUGACGCCAUAGUGAAUCAUCAGGUAUCUUGUAGCCCGAAGAAUUCAGAGACGUCAGAUUCCUCCUUAUUUCAUUUUCAGUAACACUGGGUCUAACACUACAGCCGCUGUCAUGACAUACUUUCAGAAUUUUUUGUUUGUUUGUUUGUUUGUUUUUUUUAUGUUUUGCUCUUUUAUAUGUAUGCACUUGGCUUGUCAAUAUUCUUUGGAGCAGUGAAUCAUUAUGCUAAAGUUAAUAAGCUCCAAGUAUUAGCUGUGCAGCUGGAGUAAUCAAACUGAAACGGUGGUCGAAUAAGGCAAACUAUAUCUAAAACCACUCGUUGCCUUAAACAGACUACGCCAUCUAACCAAGUUGCAUCAUUGUACUUUUUGAUAUAGCUUGUGAUCAACUCACUGAAUGAUACUAAAUGCAUUUCUGACCCUAACCUACCAAAGCGACGUCACAAGCUGCUUAUACUGUAUAUGCAUUUUCUCUUUACAGAUCCGAGUCGAAUCUUAGAUUUUUUUUUUUGUACGUCACUGCCACAAACUGUUCAACAGCUCUCAGUCAAGCUCCACUCGCUGUACAAUGUCUCAGAUUUGUCAGAUAACACAGUGGUGCCUAAACCGUUUUGUAUAUUUACUCUGACAUUAACGUUAAUAGUAUAUUUAUUCACAAGAAUUCUCUUAACCGGACAUUUUUGUUAGAUCAAAGCAGAUGUCAGUUUUGUACUGUAUUUUAUGACUUGGUGAAAGAAAACAGUCAUGUGAUCACAAGAUGUCAUUUAUGUUUCACCUGAGCCUUAAUGUGUUUGUGAAAUGUACGGCAGUAAGGCUUUGUUUUUACCAUUUACACUGGUGGGGAAAAAAACAAAACAAUGCAAACUAAAGGAUUUUAAAGCGAUGUGUCCGCAGGCAGGAUUUUCUUCAAACAGACACAUUCAGACUAAACCUGGACUCUUUUUUUACCCCUUUUCUUUUCUGUCUGUCCUAACAGCUGAUUGCUUUGGAUGAUGGUUCAUGACCCGCAUUAAAUUGUCGCUGUUCUUGGUGGGUCCCUGACAAUGUGACAAGUGUAACAAUAGGAUUUCAGGUGCUGUUCCAAGUGAAACGGUUAACGCACGGACUCCUGGCCUUAAAUGUAUUGGAUCUGGUUUGUUUUUGUUCAGGACUGUGACAUGUGUUGACCCCCAGCUGCUGGGAAAGCCACUGUAAUGGAGGAUUAUGUGAGUUACUAAGUGAGUUAUGAGAUUAUGUGAGUUAGUCCGCACGGCUGACUCACUGGUCGUCUGGUGUCGCUGAAAACACAAAGUUAUCGCAAAAACAAAAUAAGACAGUUGAAAUAUUUUAAUCAGUUUUAACGCCGCUGUGUUUUGAUGUAAAGGUCGUCUGUUUCAAGCCAUAGGACUCCGCCCUCGUACAGUAGGAGGGCAAAGUGAAAACGACGCCAUCCACCUCUUUUCAGGAAACCUCUUUACUGUGCCUUUUGACUUGUGAGCAUAUGAAUGUUCGACCUGAUCCACGACAAACCCAACAAUCAUGACCGCACGCAGCCUUUAGACUGCUGUGUUUGUAUUUGGGACCAAAUGUAUUGGAAUUUUUUUUUUUGAAAAAAAAGGGAAAGUUCAAAAUUCAUAUCAGGUCAUGGUCAAGGUACUGUUCUGUUUUGCUUCAGUUUUAUGUGAAAAUGUAUGUAUGUCAAAGCAAUCAUGUCAAAAUAAAUACCACUCUAGUAAUAAUAA